CUAUUACUCUUACGGGCCCUAUAUAGGCUGCCGGCAAGAUUGGGUUUUUCCCAGGCUGGCGCCUAGCACUACUGCCAGACGAAGUCUCUUUUGUCCAACGCAUACGGGCUAUUCACUUCUCUCUCACUCUCCAAUGCCUUUUUUCGCAUCUACGGAACCAGCGUUUGUUUUCCCGGCAAAACAAAGACUGUCAAUCCCUUCCACAAGGGGUAAAAUGGCGCCCUUCCGCCUAUAUAAGGGACGGUCCCAUGUACAUCGCUUUCAAUUGAUUUUCUGGUCUUUAAGUGGAAAUAAACAAAUAAACCUUUAAGUGGUGCCUUAUUCAUCAUCUCACCGCAUUACGAUGGACAAAUCUGUCAAAAGGAAACACAAGAGCGCCCGCCAGAAACUGAGGAGCCAGAACCGAGGGUGGAGAAUUCGAGAACACAAGAAAUUAAUGAAACUUCAGCGUCGGUUGGAAAGACAGGUCAACCAGCCUUCCAUCGCAAUUACCGAGAGAAGUCUAGCAGUUCAUCCGGAGAACACACCCUCACAACCUUGGACCUUCCAAGCGGAUACAGUCACAACAAACGAACCUAUCAUUCCCAUCUUCAAGGAGACUUGCUCCACAUCUCCAAAGCCUAACUAUCCUGAAUUCACGAGACCGACCACACAGGAACCUCCUCCUCUCAUCUCCCGGUUUGAGGCAGUGCCGUCCUCGGUCUUCACAUUCCAAAGUCUGAAGAUAGACUUCACCCUGAGCGACAGUGACGACGACAUUUUGGACUUAACACCGGGAUCCCCAAUAGCUAUGAGCCCUCCUCUUCCAAGGUCACGGGAGAGGAGUCCGGCAACAGCACAAUCCGGCCCAACGAGGGUUUCUCCGACCGAAAUCUUAGAGGACAAGAAAAACGAGGGACCUCGCUCUCUGCUUGACAUUCCGUUCAGGCAGAAUACCACCCUCCGAGAGCUGAACCAUGUUCCUUCAGUUACCCGAAAAUUCGGGCGAUGGACAGCGACCAAUCAAUGACAGGGGCAUGUGCCCCAAAGAUCUCAGCUUCGAUGAAUUUCUUUCAUUUUAUUGUAAAUAAUAAAUAAUUACCUGAUAAAAUAUCUUGUAAAAUGGGGUAUUUGGGUGAAUAAAUGGUAUAUUUUUGGAAUUCUUUCGUUGUCACUUUUCUACCUUCAUUGAAAAAAAUUUUCUUUGCUUUAAUGACUAUUAACCGCAUAGCAACUUUAAAUGUAGUCAGCGU